AAAGAAACUAACUGAGACAAUGGCACUCAAAGCGAUUCUCUUUCUUGGUUUGCUUCUCGCCGUGAUAUCUUCUUCUCCGAUCACCGUCGAUGGUGGAUCAGAUUGUCCGAAAGCUUCCACUUUUGGACGUGGAAGCUUUCCCGAUGGUUUCUUGUUCGGUGCUACCACUUCUGCUUUUCAGCAUGAAGGUGGACCAGAGGAAGGAGGCCGAGGUUUGAGCAUUUGGGACUCAUUCACUCAUAUACAUUCAGAGAAGAACAAUAACCUUGAUGGUAGGUUGGGAGUUGAUUUCUAUCAUCAUUACAAGGAAGAUGUUCAACUAUUGAAAAAGUUGAACAUGGAUGCCUUUAGGUUCUCCAUUUCUUGGUCAAGAAUCUUUCCUCAUGGGAAAAAGGACAAGGGAGUGAGUGAAACCGGAGUCAAAUUCUACAAUGAUCUUAUCAACGAGCUCAUUGCAAAUGGUGUAACGCCUGUGGUUACAUUAUUUCAUUGGGAUGUACCUCAAGCCCUUGAAGAUGAGUAUGGUGGUUUCUUGAGUGACCGUAUCUUAGAGGACUUCCGGGAGUUUGCAAAAUUUGCUUUCAAUGAAUAUGGUGAUAGAGUGAAGCAUUGGGUUACAAUAAACGAGCCUUAUGAGUUUAGCAUUGGUGGAUACGGCACUGGAGAGAAAGCCCCAGGAAGGUGUUCUAAACACGUCAAUGAGAAAUGCGUUGCGGGUGAUUCAGGACAUGAAGUCUACACCGUAAGUCACAACUUGUUGUUGGCUCAUGCAGAAGCUGUUGAAGAGUACAGAAAAUGUGCAAAGUGCAAAGAUGGGAAGAUUGGAAUAGUCCAGAGUCCAAUGUGGUUUGAGCCUUACGAUAAGAAGUCAGAGGAGGUAGUGAAGAGAGCUAUGGAUUUCACUUUAGGCUGGCAUUUGGAACCAAUAACACAUGGAGAUUACCCUCAGACCAUGAAAGAUGGUAUUGGUGCUAGAUUACCAUCGUUUACAGACGAGCAGAAGGAGAAACUGAAGGGUUCUUAUGAUUUUGUUGGUGUCAACUACUUCACUUCUGCGUUUGUUUCUCAUGUGGAGGAUGUUGAUCAAGAGAAACCGAGCUGGGAAGCUGAUUCUCGCUUCAAGUUACAUUUACAAAAUCCAGAUGGGUAUAAGAUUGGUUCUCAGCCUGCUACUGCUAAAUAUCCAGUGUGUGCUGAUGGGUUAAGAAAAGUUUUGAAAUACAUCAAAGAGAAUUACAAUGACCCUGAAAUCAUGGUCACUGGAAACGGAUACAAGGAGACACUUGGAGAGAAAGAUGUACUUCCUGAUGCUACUAGUGACAGUAACAGGAAGUAUUAUCAUAUGAGACAUCUCAUGGCAUUACACGGAGCAGUCUGUGAGGAUAAGGUUAAUGUUAAAGGGUACUUUGUGUGGUCGCUUAUGGAUGGACUAGAGUGGGAAGAUGGAUACAAGACGAGGUCUGGACUCUACUAUGUAGACUAUGCACACAAUAUGGGAAGGCACGAGAAACAAUCUGCUAAGUGGCUCUCUAAGCUCCUUGAGAAAGUUCCUAUUAAGUCCAAGGUAGAUUUGGAAUCAAGGAAGGAGUUAUAAAUAAUCAGAGAAGAUACUAUAAUAUAUCUGUUUAACCGAUCAUACUAUAUGUAAUGUGUGUUCUUUUAUAUCUCCAAAAGAGUUUAAGCCAUGGUAUAUGUAGUUAUGUAAUAGUAAUCAAUAAAUAAAGAAGAACCUUGUUUCACACGUUAGGUGUAACAAAGAACAAGUUGCUUAUGUAAUGUGUGUUGUUA